AUGAACCCAGAUUCCAAGAAUAUUGAAGAUCCUGUUUUUGUACAGGUGCACAUUCCAGGAGAAAAAAAUCAUCUUGAAAAGAAAUGGACCAACAGAGAAAAAUACCUGCUGGCUGUCUGCAUCUUUCUUUUGAUUGCUUUUGUGGCCUUUGUUAGUGUUGCCUUCAUAUUUAAGGAAAACAGUCACAAUCAAGAAAUAGUUUGUCUGUCUGAUGAUUGCAUAAAAACAGCUGCUGAACUCUUGAAUGAUAUUGAUUUUUCUGUUGAUCCCUGUGAAGACUUUUAUACUUAUGCUUGUGGGAAGUGGAAUAAAAGAAAUCUGAUUCCUGAAGAUGCACCUGCUUUUGGUAAUAUUAUAAAACAACGCAAUCAAUUACAGAAAACACUUAAACAAAUCCUUGAAGUCCCUGUUCGUCCAAAUGAGGCAAAUGCAACUUCCAAAGCAAAACUUUUUUUUGAUUCCUGCAUGAACAAAACUCAGAUUGAAUUAGUGAAUGAUAAACCAUUUCUUGAUGUUCUUACUUCCUUUGGUGGUUGGCCAAUUGUUGAUCAAGGCUGGAAAGAUGAUCAAUUCAACACUGAGGUUGCCCUUGCGAGAAUGUACAGAGAAUUUCACACGUCAGUUAUUCUGCAUUUUACUGUCAGUGCAGAUGAUAAAAAUUCUAGUGUCAACAUCAUUCAGAUGGAAAAUGGCCCUCUUGGAAUGCCAAGCAGAGACUAUUACCUGGAAACAAGUGAAACUAUCUAUAUAAAGGCUUACGAAGAUUUCAUCGUCGGAGUAGCAGAAUUACUUGGCGCCAACAUUAAUAAUACCCGGAAACAAGUGCAAGAUGUUAUUGAGUUUGAAACGCAACUUGCAAAUAUUACAAUCCCAGCUGAAGAAAGACACGAUGUUGAGCGACUUUAUACCAAAUUGUCAGUCCAACAACUGAAAAGAUUGUCUCCUGGGUUUGAUUGGCUGAAAUAUUUCCAAAGUAUCAUUCCAGUAGAAGUAAGUGAGGAAGAACAAUUAGUGACAUUUGUUCCUGACUAUCUUAAAAACAUGGCUGAUCUCCUCAGCAAAACAAAUAAAAGAACAAUUGCCAACUAUGCAAUCUGGAUGCUCAUCAAUGAAAUGAUCCAACAUCUUACAGAAAAGUACAUCCAUUUAAAGUAUGAAUACAAAAAAGUUCUUGAGGGCAUUACCCAAGAAAAACCACGAUGGGAAAAAUGCAUUACAUUUGUGAACAACAAUAUGGGAAUGGCUGUCAGUGCAAUGUUCAUACAGAAUAAUUUCAAGAAAGAAAGCAAAGAAGCGGCUCUGGAAAUGAUCACCAAUAUUCGCAAUGCAUUUACAGAACUCUUGAAGGAAAAUACAUGGAUGGACCAAGAAACUAAAUAUUUUGCCAGGGAAAAAGUUCAUACGAUGAAAGACAGAAUUGGAUACCCAGAAUUUAUUUUAGAAAAACCAAAAUUGGAUGAACUUUAUAAAUCAUUAACCGUGAAGCCUGGGCAAUACUUUGAGAAUGUUCAUCGAAUAAUGAGAUACAAAGCAGCAGAAGAAGUGAAUAAACUGCGGGAACCAGUGGACAAAGACAAAUGGUGGCAGUCUCCAGCUGUAGUGAAUGCAUUUUAUGAUCCCAACACAAACAAUAUGGUUUUUCCAGCUGGAAUAUUACAGCCUGUGUUCUACAGUCAGCAUUAUCCAAAAUCUUUGAAUUAUGGUGGCAUCGGUGUUGUAAUUGGACAUGAAAUCACUCAUGGUUUUGAUGACAACGGAAGGCAAUAUGACAAGGAUGGCAAUUUAAAACAAUGGUGGAAAAAUGAGACAAUAGAUGCGUUUAAUAAACAGGCAAUGUGUAUGGUCACUCAGUACUCAAGUUACAUUCUGGAACAAAUUGGUUUACAUAUCAAAGGAAAAAACACUUUGGGUGAAAACAUCGCUGAUAAUGGCGGCUUGAAACAAGCUCAUUGGGCUUACAACCAAUGGGUAAAGGAUAAUGGACCAGAGCUGCCACUCCCAGGCAUCAACCUGACACAUGAACAAUUAUUCUUUCUCAACUAUGCACGGAUUUGGUGUGGGAAAAUGCGAGAUGAAGAGGCAUUAAAUGUAAUCCGAACUGAAGGUCAUAGUCCCGGACCAAUCAGAGUCAAAGGACCCCUGUCAAAUUCAAAAGAAUUUGCAAAAGCCUACAAAUGUCCUCUGGGAAGUGGCAUGAACCCUGUUGAAAAAUGCUGUGUUUGGUGA